AUGGCCGCGCGCGAGCCACCGCGUCAAGGCCAUGGCGCCACCCGGCUGUCGUGCCCAACUCCGGCGACCACCACCACCACCACCACCAGCAACCUUUGCAGCUUCCUCAACAGAGCCAUCUCCGCUUGGCUCGUCUGCGCCGUGCUCAGCUUGUUUCUCUUCAACCUCCUCUGGUUUUACCCUGUCGACGCGCCGUGGAACGUCGUCAUUUCCGGCGAAGGUAAGCGUCCAUCCAUGGCGAUGGCAGGAGGAGGAGGGGAGGAGGCUAGGUGCGACUACUCGGAAGGGCGGUGGGUGGCGGCGCCGGGGCGCGCGCGGCGGUACAACGGCACGGCGUGCAACGUGAAGGAGAGCGAGCGGUGCGUCGGGAACGGGCGGCCGGACACGGGCUACCUGGACUGGCGGUGGCAGCCGGCGUCGUGCGAGCUCCCGGCGUUCGACGUGGCGGCGUUCGUGGGCGCGGCGCGCGGGAAGCACGUCGCGUUCGUCGGCGACUCGAUGGCGCGCAACCAGGCGGAGUCGCUCGUCUGCCUCCUCGCCACGGCGUUCCCGUACACCCUCGUGUACCGCGACCCGCACCCGCGGGAGCGCAAGUUCUGGCGCUGGGCGUUCCCGGCGCACAACGUGACGGUGUCCGUCUACUGGGCGCCGUUCCUCGCCAGGUCCACCGGCAAGACGGACGACUACCGGAAGCCGCGCAACGACGUCUACCUCGGCGCGCUCGCCGAGCGGUGGUCGGCCGACGCCGACACGAUGGACGUGGUGGUGAUCAGCCAGGGGCACUGGUUCUGGAUCCCGACCGUCUACCACGACGCCGCCACGGGCGAGGUGGUUGGCAUGCACAACGUCACCGGGCUCAAGAACACCGGCGACAUCGGCCUCUUCGCGCCGUACAGGAGGACUCUGCGGAUGGCGCUGGAGCGGCUCGUCAGCUCCGGCGCCGGCAACCGCACCCGCGCCCGCACCGUGGUGGUGGCCACGUUCUCGCCGUCGCACUUCGAGAAGGCGUGGGACGACCCCACGACGUGCGCGAGGACGCGGCCGUACGACGACGGGGAGAAGGAGGUGGACGCCGACGAGAGGGAGCUCCGGAGCAUCGCCAUGGAGGAGGUGGCCGCCGCCGCCGCUCGCCGUGGCGCCGCCGCUGGCGGCGGCGAGAGCAGGGUGGAGGUGCUCGACGUGACGAAGCUGGCGACGAUGCGGCCGGACGGGCACCCGGGGGUGUACAUGCACCGCGACCCGUUCGCGCGCGGCGUGCCGAAGCGGCUGCAGGUGGACUGCCUCCACUUCUGCCUGCCUGGGCCGGUGGACACGUUCAACGAGAUCUUGCUGCAGCUACUGAUCAGCAAGAGGCGGUGACGAUAAACCGGAGUACUAGCGUGUGCGUGCAUGCAAGGCAAAUAUGAACAACUAACUUGAGAUUUGAGAUACAAGUCUGAUGAUAUUAAGUUCCAUUUGUAUUACAAAGUUAUGUACAUGUAAACUAUGUUUCAAACUUAUGCCACGGCAAUCAAAACCGAUCUCAAUAUUAUAUUAGGAGUUGAGAAUACAUUUGUACUGGUUUUAAAAGAUGAGGGUUACGUUGU